ACACGCAACUGGUGUCGUGUAGCCCUAAAAUUCUGCUCAAUGCAAGGCCUUGGGCGCUCCACGUCAGCUCACUGCGCGCUACAGAGAUCGAGAUGGCUAUGGCCUUGUUCGUCCCUAGCCCUUCUUCUUCCUCCUCCUCCACUCACGGAUGGAAGAGAUUCCAAUCCCCAUCGCGCUCGCGAUCGAUCGUCCAGGUAAGGGCUUCCUCCUCCUCGCCUCCGCCGGAUUCCCCCGGCUCGACGCCGUUGCGCCGCCCGGGAGCGCCUAGCACCGUCAAGCCAGCGCCAUCGCCAUCGCCAUCGCCAUUACCGGAGACGCCAGCCCCAUCUCCAGCUCCAUCUCCAGCUCCAGCUCCAGCGAAUCCUAUCGCUGCUGCCACUGGAUUUGAGAGCGGCGUGACGGUGGAAUUCCAGCGGCAACGAGCCAAGGAGCUCCAAGAGUACUUCCUGGACAGGAAAUUCCAGCGCCAGGCCGAGGAGGGUCGGAUCUUUGGCUGGAGCCGCAAGAACGAGGUCGGUAAUGGCAGAUGGGCGAUGUUUGGGAUCGCGGUGGGAUUGCUCACAGAGUUCGCGACUGGAUCUAGCAUUGUCGAUCAACUGAGAAUCGUCGUCGCCAAUCUGGGAAUCGCCGAUUUCGACUGAGGAGAACUCAAAGAACAAGGAACGCGCGUUUUAGGGCUCAAGUUCGUACAUACCAAUCUCAUUACGUACGUUUGUCGUACGCACAUAAUUAUUCUUACCGUACAGAGAAUAUCCGUGUUUUAGGGCUUUCGUACCCACCGUGCCCGUUGAGAUAUUCCUACCGUACGAAGAAUAUUCUUCUGUGUUUAUACGAUUAGGGCUUGGGCAAUGGGAAAUUGAGCCACUCAAAUGGGGCUUGGAAUGGCGGGCGUGGAAUGGCGAUGGAGGUGAGGCGAUCGCGGCCAAUCUCUCGGAUUUUCUCGUGAUUUCUCUGCGCGGAGGUACUGCCGUGAUGGCGCCCGCAGAAGCUGGGGAAAUUCCUGGUAGCGAAGAGCGGCGAGCAUUUCAGGUGGAAGAAGACGAGCCAGUGCUGAAGCGUGCCGCGUCGGUGUUCUUCGCGGAUAUGGUGGCGAGCGCCACUUCCUCGUUGGAGAGCUGCGCGCGAUCGAAUUACCCCAACGGCAAAGACGCGAAUCUGGUGGAGCCUUUUGCUUCCGCUCCCCCAUUCUGGGAGGGUAUCCCUCCUCCAGCAACCCUCGUGGAUCUCAACGUUCCAUUGCUGGCACCAAAGCUGGACUGCUCAAGCGCUGGUGGUGGUGGUGGUGGUGGUGGCGGUCGCGAGGACGAUCCCCUCUUUGACUUUCAAGAGUUCCACCAUCGUCUCCACGACGUAAGCAAAGCUCCAUUCUCGCAGUAUCAUUACGAUGACCAUCUUACCUGGGAGACUUUUUUUACUCCUGCCACUGCUGCUUCUGGUACUCAGGGCCAAGACGAUCCUUUCCAGGGUUACAACGUGAGCUCUUCGCACGAUCACGGCUAUAAUGGUAGCGUCUCUCAGCUCCUUGACGCGUUAGCGCCACCACGACCGGCAGAGUCUUGUAGCGGCGGUAACGUCCAAGCCAGGAUGGGAAAUCUCAUGGAGCUUCUCUACGGUCGUCGCCAGGAGGCUGCUUCUCAGCUCGGGCCGCCACCGGCGAUGGAGUCUUCGACCGGUGAUGGAACUAAAGCUCAAGACAAAGCUGGCGACGACGAUGGUGGGUUUGUGGAGCCUCUGUACAGUCGCAUACGGAGCCAGGAGGAGGAUGAGCAGGAUUUGGAGUUUGGGAACUUCUGGGAUGUAGAGAAGCCUGCUCAGCACUCGGCGUUGCCGGGAGCUUGCACGGCCGACUGUCACGACUUGGUGAGCAGCAUCUCGAACCUGUCGAAGGUUUUGCUGUCGCACUAUGGAGCUCGAGAGAAGAAGGCACCGAAUUCUUUUCUGCGACAAGCAGGGAUAAAGGACUUGCAGUCUGCCAUAUUGGACCUCUCCAAGUGCCUCGUUCAUGCACACGGCCAACAAAAUGCCACUGUGGAGAAUGCAAAUCAGCAGGUCGAAGAGAGCAAGAACCCUUCCGAGGAGGAUCCAAACUUUGGACUGUACAGCGAGACUGACGAGCAGCCUGCCGAGCACGACGAAGACGGUAACGAGCAGCUUGUGACGAGGUUUAAGAUUCUCUUGGAAUUGGCUGGAAAAGGUCCCAAGGAGGUGGAAGAGGUUGUCUCCAAAAGCAAUCCCGAGCCCGAGGAGCAGCAGCAGAACCCUUCGUACUUCGACAGCAACCAAGUGGAGCAGAGGCUGGCGCUCUUGAGAAGCCGCCCCCAGUGGAGUGAUGACGAUGGUGCCGCGACGAUGAGUGGCGAGGACAUCCAAGUGCGAGACGACUACGUUGCGAAACGUACCGCGUCCUUGAAGGAGCUGUCCGACCGCCUCAUGAAGAAUGGCGUGCAAGCAGCAGCAGCAGCAAGUCCAGCAGCAGACAAGGGGUCUGAUAGCAGUGAAGAGUUCGGCUGGGAGCACAUCUAAGAUCAUCUCUUGCUCUUGCGUGUAAGUAAGUUUGCUAAAGUGGAGAUCUUCAAACUUCCAGACUGGAUUUUCUUAGUAGAAAAGCUAUAAAGAAAAAAAAGAGAGGCACUAGCUUCUGCUGGUGUCCACCAAGAAAUGUACAGUGGAAAGGGACGAUCAAAAAAAGAGACGCUUGGAUUUCUCUCAAAA